AAAGUUAUUGAAAAACAGUCGAUAAAGCUAAAAUGGAUGCGAAUAAGCAAAGUAAUCAAUUAAUCAUCAUACUUAGAAACUCAAGUAUGCAAGUGCUUCAUACCGUACCAAAUUCAACGCUAGUCAGUGAAGUACCAGUCAGUUCAAUUCAGCUUAAUGCAGCGCCAUGA